UAAUCAAUCGGGCCGAUUGGACGAGCGUCAUGUCGUGUUGUGGGUGUAAAGCCAGCGAGGACACAGCGCGGAGCAGCAUCCUCUACAGCAUCCUGAACAGAGGCUCUCCGUGUCCGCGGGGACAACCGGAGACAUCCGCGGCGCACCAGCUUUGCUUCUGCGCCUCCAAGAGGAAACUGGUGGCCAUUCGGGUUUUCAAAGCGGCCUCCGAGGUGCUCGCGAAAACUUUUAGGUUUGUGAAAAAUGUACCGUGUUUCCGGGGUUUGCCGGCGGGGGACCAGAUGCGGCUUGUGCGCAAGAGCUGGGCGCCGCUGCUGGUUUUGGGCAUGGUGCAGGAAUCCGUGGACCUGGACACGCCGGAGACGCCCCAGCCCAGUCUGUUAUACAGGAUUUUAACGCACAGCAAAGAGCGACAGCUGUGCGCUCCGACCGAGAUUCAAGACUCCGGGGUGCCGGUCAGGGACGCGGAGGGGAUCCAAAUGUUUCUGGUCGGGUGUAGAGGACUGAGGAUCAGCGUUAAAGAGUAUGUGUUUCUGAAAGGAGCGAUACUGUUCACCCCGGAGGUGUUGGAGUUGGAGUGUCGGGAGUACGUCCAGGCGCUUCAGGGAGAGGCUGAGCGUGCGCUUUACGAGCACGUGAGGACAGUCCACCGCGGUAACGCCGGCCGGCUCAGCAGACUCCGCGCGAUCCUGAACACGCUGCGUGCCAUGGACCCGGAUGCAGUGGCGGGACUCUUUUUCAGACCCGUGACCGGGACGAGCUGCGUAGAUGAACAUGUGCUCGCUAUGUUUUACGAGCGGUAGACUGAAAAUCUAAAAUAAAGAUAGAAGUCUGGGAAUGAACGAUAGAAGCGAGAUUUGAGUUUCAUGUAGGCUAAUCAUAUAUUCAUACAUCUGUCUUUAUUUUCCUUUUAAAUUUGUAGAGUUUACUAUCAGUUUUCAUUGCUCAGUGCAUCACCUGCACAUUAUGAAUAUUGGUGGAUGAAAACAGACAUGCUCUACAUCAUGACUCUGUGUUUUGUGACGACAUUGAGGACCACUCCAGAAACAAUGACCAUAAUAAAAAGACUGA